GGAGCUCCGCUGUGUCUGUUCAGAGAGAGUGUGUGUCUGCGUGUGCGUGCGUGCAUGUGUGUGUGUGUGUGUGUGUGUGUAGUUACCGUUACCAUUUUAUUAUGUGUGUGUCUUAUAUUACAGCCAUGCUGAACAUCAGCGGCCAGAGAGAGAGGAGAAGGGAGGAAAAGCCUGUUUACACAGACUGCAAACCGCCUGGGGAAUAGCGCAGUAAAGGAAGUGAGCCCGCUCUCUGUCUGACUGCUCCAACUUCCUGCUCUCUCUCACACACAGCAGAAAAAAGAGAGAGAGAGAGAGAGAGAGAGAGAGAGAGAGCGACAGAAAAAAAAAAGGGGGGGAAUCAGGAUCUCAUUACAAGAGAAACAGACCGUUCGCAGACGCCUGUCAGCAUGGAAAAUCAGGGGAUUUUACCCAGUUCCUCUUAAAAUAUUACCCAGCAGAAGAAUUGGUUAAAGCUCAUCCGACAUCUGGGUAUGGAGAGUGCAAUCACGCUGUGGCAGUUCCUGUUGCAGUUGCUGCUGGACCAGAAGCAUGAGCACUUAAUCUGUUGGACAUCCAAUGAUGGUGAAUUCAAGCUUCUCAAGGCAGAAGAGGUGGCCAAACUGUGGGGACUGCGCAAGAACAAGACAAAUAUGAACUACGACAAGCUGAGCCGCGCCCUGCGGUACUACUACGAUAAGAACAUCAUCAAGAAGGUGAUUGGCCAGAAGUUCGUGUACAAGUUUGUCUCCUUCCCCGAGAUCCUCAAGAUGGACCCCCACGCGGUGGAGCUGAGCCGGGAGAGCCUGCUGCUGCCGGACGGCGACUGCAAAGUGCCCUCGGAGGGCCGCGACCCGCACAAGCACAGCCUGGCGGCCCUCAAGAGCGCCAGCCGGAACGAGUACAUCCACUCGGGCCUCUACUCGUCCUUCACCAUCAACUCCCUCCAGAACCAGCCGGACACGUUGAAGCCCAUUAAAGUGGAGAAGCUGGAGGAGCCGCUGGACGCGGGCGCCCCUCCGGUGGACGAGGUCAGGACGGUCAUCAGGUUUGUGACCAAUAAGACAGAGAAAGCCAUCCUGAGGCCCGUGGUGUCUCUGCCGUCCACCUCGGAGGCCGCGGCCGCCUCGGCCUUUUUGACCUCCUCGGUCUCCGCGAAAAUCUCCUCCUUAAUGUUGCCCGGCGCAGCCAGCGUUUCCUCCGCCUCCCCAAGCUCCUCUCGGUCCCCUUCCCUGUCCCCGGCCUCCCCGCUCCCGUCGGAGCCCAGAGGUCUCUUCCUAGAGUCCAGCUGCCGGGAUUCGGACUCCCUGGAGCCUCUGAACCUCUCCUCGGGCUCCAAGACGAAAUCGCCAUCUCUCCCCCCAAAGGCUAAAAAACCCAAAGGUCUGGAAAUCUCAGCCCCGCCGCUGGUCCUGUCCAGCAACGACAUUGGCUCUAUUGCCCUCAACAGCCCAGCCCUUCCCUCGGGAUCUCUCACUCCAGCCUUCUUCACAGCACAGAGUCCGAAUGGAUUGCUGCUGACGCCCAGCCCGCUGCUGUCUAGCAUUCACUUCUGGAGCAGCCUGAGCCCGGUGGCCCCGCUGAGUUCUGCCCAGCUGCAAGGACCCAACACUUUGUUUCAGUUCCCAACUCUGCUCAAUGGCCACAUACCAGUGCCAAUCCCCAGCCUGGACAGAGCCUCUUCCCCGGGACUGCUUUCUUCAAGUGCCCAGAAAUCCUGAUGAUCUCUCCACAUUAAAGGACUUGUUAACUGAUAGAAGAAAUCCACCCCAACGGGCUAGUUUUCCUGUGUCGUGACAAGGACAUUGUGAAACCCUGUUACUUUGGUUUGCACUUUCCAUUACUUGGAUAGUCUAAUUUGUUGCGUUAGCAUUUUUUUCAACAGUUUUAUAUAUGUGUGUGUGUGUGUGUGUGUGUGUGUGUGUACCAGUAUAUAUAAAAACCUGUUUUGCAUUAAAUGAUUUUUUUCA